AUGACAGAUUGGUUUCAUAGGAAUUACUUAAAGGCUACUGCUAAGUAUACUUUUGAUGUUGGUGCAGUUGCUAAAGAUUUAAGCUGCAAGACUCUAUGCAGUGACUCUGCAAAACGUCGUGUUGAACUUCUCAAGCUGAUAUCGGAUCCAUCAGUACCAUGUGAAGCAGUCAUAACCUCUUUAAAUCGAUAUUUACAAUUAUUAAUGGGAUUCAUUGUGGCAACUGAUAAUAAAACGCCGUUCAGUAAAUUAAGAGGUCUCGUUUGUGUGAAAUGGUGUGACAGUAUAAAGCCAAAGGGUGAACCAAUUGUUCGCUCAGAUUCUAUCUUUGAAUUAUACUCAGUACUUUUCAAUGUUGCUUUAUGGUAUACUAAACAUGCAGCAAAAGUUGCUUCUAACGAGAAUGUUUCAGAAGAUGAAGCCAAGGAUGUUCAUUUAUCACUUAAAACAGCUGCUGGAUUGUUUAAUUUAUUACGGACAAAAUAUAUGCAUGAGUUUACAGAAUUUGUUCCGAACAGUGAUAUGGAUCCAAAUAUUCUGGAUGCCUAUUUAAAUCAGUCCUUAGCAGAAGCUCAAGAAAUUACUGUUGCCAGAGCAAUUGAAUUAAAACAUAAACCACAUUUAAUCGCUGGUUUAGCUAAUGAAACUGCCAAGUUUUACGAAAAAUGUGGUUUGGCUUUGACACAAUGUAAUCCUAAAAUUGUUGGCAAAUGGAAAAAAUAUUCAGAAUUUAAACAGUUCUGUUAUGAAUCAUAUACAUAUGUUUACUAUGGUGAGGACUUAUUGGAAAAGGGAAAGGCAGGUCAAGCUGUGGCAGUUCUUAAAGAGGCAUCUGCUCCAUAUGAGAAGGCAAUUCGCGCUGCACGUGAAUAUACAAAAGUUGAAGGUGUCAGUUUGUCAACUAAACCACCUGAUCAUUGUUUUUUCCGUCGUCUGCCUGGACUUAUUGAACGUACACAUAAUAAAUGUGAACGUGAAAAUGGAUUAAUAUAUCAUCAGAAAGUUCCAAGUGUCGCGCCAUUUUUGGAAAUAAAAGCGGAAUAUGGCAUCGCAGCGCCAAAAGAACCUGAGCUCAAUUUCGAGUUAGAUCCCAGAUGGAAAGACGCUUACGUUGGGUUUGAUACUAGCAAAGUAGUGGAGAAUAUUUUAUCAAACUCCAAAAAUUCAAAGGAUCACAAACAUUCUGGAACCAAAGAUGAACCAGUUGAGCCAGUUCGUGAAAUGCCUAUUUUUAGUACUGAUAAAGAUCCAAAAAAUGACAGUGGAUGUGUUAUAUCAUGA